AGUAUCUGUUGCAGUCAUGUCGGCUGCGAUUGCAGCUCUAGCUGCUUCCUAUGGCUCGGGUUCGGGGUCCGAAUCGGACUCGGACAGUGAGGGCAGUCGGUGCCCACUGCCGGCCGCGGACUCUCUCAUGCACUUGACCAAAUCGCCUUCAGCCAAGCCCUCUCUGACGGUGGCGGUGGACUCGGCUCCGGAGGUGGCAGUUAAGGAAGAUCUGGAGACCGGAGUUCACCUUGACCCUGCUGUCAAAGAAGUUCAGUAUAAUCCUACCUAUGAGACCAUGUUUGCUCCUGAGUUUGGACCAGAAAAUCCCUUUCGAACACAGCAAAUGGCUGCCCCUCGAAAUAUGCUUUCUGGAUAUGCAGAGCCAGCACACAUCAACGACUUCAUGUUCGAACAGCAGAGAAGGACAUUUGCCACAUACGGCUAUGCACUGGACCCUUCGCUAGAUAAUCAUCAAGUGUCUGCCAAAUACAUCGGCUCUGUGGAAGACGCUGAGAAGAACCAAGGCUUAACUGUUUUUGAAACUGGUCAGAAGAAAACAGAAAAGAGGAAAAAGUUCAAAGAAAACGAUGCAUCUAAUAUUGAUGGUUUCUUGGGACCGUGGGCAAAAUACGUGGAUGAAAAAGAUGUGGCCAAGCCUUCAGAAGAAGAACAAAAGGAGUUGGAUGAAAUCACAGCAAAGAGGCAGAAGAAAGGCAAACAGGAGGAAGAGAAGCCUGGGGAGGAGAAGACCAUCCUACAUGUUAAAGAAAUGUAUGACUAUCAAGGCAGGUCCUACCUCCACAUCCCUCAGGAUGUUGGUGUUAACCUGCGCUCAUCUGUGCCACCUGAGAAAUGUUACCUUCCCAAAAAACAAAUCCACGUGUGGUCCGGACACACAAAGGGCGUCAGUGCUGUCAGGCUGUUUCCUCUUUCCGGACAUUUGUUGCUGUCUUGCUCCAUGGACUGUAAAAUUAAGCUAUGGGAAGUUUAUGGAGACCGGCGCUGUCUGAGAACAUUUAUUGGUCACAGUAAAGCUGUGAGAGACAUCUGCUUCAACACUGCAGGAACACAGUUCCUCAGUGCGGCCUACGACCGGUACCUUAAACUCUGGGACACCGAGACAGGACAGUGUAUAUCAAGAUUUACAAACCGCAAAGUACCCUAUUGCGUCAAGUUCAAUCCCGAUGAAGAUAAGCAGAAUCUCUUUGUGGCCGGGAUGUCUGAUAAAAAGAUUGUACAGUGGGACAUUCGCAGCGGAGAGAUUGUUCAAGAGUACGAUCGGCAUUUGGGGGCUGUCAACACGAUUGUCUUUGUGGAUGAGAACCGAAGAUUUGUGAGUACGUCUGAUGAUAAAAGCCUACGAGUUUGGGAAUGGGAUAUCCCUGUGGACUUUAAGUACAUAGCAGAGCCUAGCAUGCACUCAAUGCCGGCAGUGACUUUGUCUCCAAAUGGGAAAUGGCUAGCAUGCCAGUCCAUGGAUAACCAAAUCUUAAUAUUUGGAGCACAGAACAGAUUCAGAUUGAAUAAGAAGAAAAUUUUUAAGGGCCACAUGGUAGCAGGCUAUGCUUGUCAGGUGGACUUCUCACCAGACAUGAGCUAUGUGAUUUCGGGAGAUGGAAAUGGGAAAUUAAACAUUUGGGACUGGAAGACCACAAAACUCUACAGUCGCUUCAAAGCCCAUGAUAAAGUGUGCAUCGGCGCCGUGUGGCACCCUCACGAGACGUCCAAGGUCAUCACGUGCGGCUGGGACGGCCUCAUCAAGCUGUGGGAUUAGUGGGAGUAGUCCUUUCACUGUCUGGGAUCGUUUUUGAUCCAGUGUCCUAUUUAACUAUUUAAUUAUUAAAACGUGUUGGGUGACAGUUUGAUUUAUAGGUAAUCUGUUCUUACAUGGCCUUAUGAGGUUGGCCUGUUGUUUUAAGAGCUUUGUAAAUUUGCCUCAGCCAAGUUCUUAGCAGCUUCAUUUUGUUCUCUCUAGACGUAUAUACGUCAUUCAUAUGAGAGUGACAGGUAGUCACUGUUGGCAGGCAGCUGCAUUUGUCCCUGUGAUGUCACUGAAAGGGUCGUUUGUCAUUUUUGGAGUCAAGAAAAAAAAUGCCUAUUGGAUAUGAGAUCCUAUGGAAAAUGGCGUAGCUAACGGCUCAUAAAGGCACCAGACACUGUCCAGUCCAGGCAACCAGGGUGGCAAGAACAAAGGCGGAACCACCCGGCUAUUACCGCCCAUUGAAUCAAGUUCUUCCUCGAGUUCCGUUAUUUUGUAUGGCCGGCUUGUCUAUUUUUACUUGUAAAUCAGUGACCAGGGGCUGUAGCUUUCCUCUAACUAUGAAGCCAUGUAAAAUUAAAAAGCAGUCUGUGGUUCGUUUCCUAACUCUCUUUCCGAUCUCAGAGCCGGGGCUGUGCAGACCUAAGCAGAAAGCGAGGUUGUCUCUGAAGCUGGCACUGGGGGAGCAGGGAGCAAGCCAGGACUGGGAACAUUACCUGAAAUCACUGUCUAAGGCCCUGGCCUCGCUCUCACAAAUCAGGGCCGCAGCCUCUGCCUUGCCACUGGGACGAAUGAUAAUGAGUUACCUCUGGCCAGACUACGGCAGAGUCCAAACUAUCACUUGGAAUUUCUUCGAAGUCACAGUUUUGUCCUUAAAAUCACUCUGAUUUUGCUUGUGAAUAUAAAGAGUAAAACUUUUGAAUGUUAGAAAAAAUUAAAUUUCUUUUCAGAUCUUUGAAAAGCCAUUGACACUAUCAGAAAAUGCCUGUAGCCCCCGUUGGAAAGCCGUAACCGUGGGGAGUUUUCUUUUUAAAUCACGUGCUGACCAUUGCACUGCCUGGCCCUUGCCAUUUCUGUGUCUUCCAGGAAGGGUGGCAUACAGGAGGAAAGAAUUCAUACAAAAACUCUCUGUCGUCCCAGCACAUCUUAACAAAUGUGAAUUACUGGAGUGUAGUAAGAGAAAGGCUUCAACAACAGUAUUGCAUGUUAACGAAUCAUAAUUUCAAGAUCUCGAUUUCUCUUACUGUGUUUUUGACUGUUUCUAAACAGAAUAACUGUACAUAAAAGUUUUCUCCUUUUUGAAAAGAUCCUAUUUUUGAAUAAAGCAUUCUUUUUAUAGAAA